AUGACUUUUCAUGGUACUAAUAUUAUAAAAAUUGCAACGCAAACUUUACAAGGUUGGCGUAGUUUGGUCAAACCUUAUAUUAUUACAACUGUCGCUAUUGGUUCAAGUGUAACAACUGGUGAUUUAAUAUGUCAAUAUUUAGAAAGUCAUAAGAAAGGUCCAGAUGGUAAGCGUAAUAUACCACCAUCAUCUUCUAUGCUAUCAUGGUGGGAUCGUGAACGAUCUCGAAUCAUGUGUACGACAGCUGUUCUCGUAUCAACACCUUGGUCAUUUACGCUUGCAAGAACAGUUGAACGAUUAUUUCCAGGUAAACGAGGAAUUCAAAUUGCUAAGAAAAUAUUAACUAAUACAUUACUCGCACCGAUUAAUAUAAGUCUUGUCUUUACUGCGAUUAUUCUUUUACAAGGGCAUUCACUUCGUACAGCAAGAACAAAAAUUAAAAAUGAUAUGCCAAAAACAUUCGUGAUUGGCUCAUUUUAUUGGCCAUUUAUUUCAUUUAUUAACUUUCGAUUUAUACCAUUAGAUUAUCGACCGAUUAUUGGAAGUAUAGCUGGUGCUUUAUGGAAUAUUUAUGUUUCAUCAGCUGCUAAUAAUCCAAAAUUAAAUCCAGAUGGUUCAAUAAAAGCUUCAGCAGGACCAGCACCAACUUUACUUGCUGAAACAAGUGGAACAGGAGUACCGGCACUACAAGAAGCAUGGAAAACAGUAGAUCAAAAUAAAAAAGAUCUCUAG